UUUUAUAUUUUAUUUUUUUAUUUAUUACCAUUCAAGGUAUAUGCACAGACUCCUCCCCUUAACGUCACGCUCAUCUUUUAUAAACAGGAAGCUAACUGGAGCGGAUCAGCUGCUGCUUGCUAAUGUAAACACUUCGACUGUCGAGGAUGUGUUGUCUCCCACCGGUCUACCUGUUGGAUUAACUAAACCAAAAGUAUCUCAAUACAUUGUUGCCGUGUUUGCAAUAAUGAACAGCCCUCUAGCCGUGACUCAGCAGCUUCGUUAUCAGCAGGCUGCAUGUAGCAGCAUAAGGGUGUAGCUUAGCUAAAUCAGAUCAUUCAGCCUUUCUGCGAGUCCUAACUGUAUCUCUGCGGCACUAUUUCUUGUUUAUUAUUACUAUUAUUUUGAAAGGAUGCACGUGUUGCUUCUGAAAGAGCCGCGAGAAGAGGCUUCUGGACCUGAUCCAUACAUUAAGGAGCUGGCAUCACAUGGACACAAAGCUACUCUAAUUCCAGUGCUGUCAUUUAAGUUUGUCUCAUUAAACACCUUGGCAGAUAAGCUUUUCCAGCCAGAAAAACAUGGUGGCCUUAUAUUUACUAGUCCUAGAGCAGUGGAGGCUGUGAAAAUGUGCUUAGAAGAAUCCAAAAAAAGAAAAGAAGAGUGGAGCAAGUUCCUGAGAGAUCAGUGGAACACCAAACCCAUCUAUGUGGUUGGAAAGGCAACCGCUGCAUUAGUCCAGAAUCUGGGUCUGACCCCCUUAGGAGAAGACACAGGAACAGCAGAGGUCUUAUCACGUGUCAUCAUUGAAAGAGAAGACACCAACAUCCCUCCACUUUUUUUCCCAUGUGGCUCAAUCAAAAGAGAAGUUUUACCCACGGCUUUGAGGGAAAAGGGAGUUCCCCUCGAGACGCUGACUGUCUAUCAGACCUCCGAACAUCCCGAUGUGGAGAAAAAUCUGAGGAAUUUCUUUACUGAGCAGGGGAUUCCAGCAUGCGUUGCUUUCUUCAGUCCCUCAGGAGUUAAGUUUUGUCUGGAAUUAAUAUUGAGGCUAUCAGGCGAUCGGCUGACUCAAAUAAAGCCACUUUGUUUCCAGUUUGCAGCCGUAGGGCCUACCACCAGAGAUGCAAUGGCUGCCGAGGGUCUUUGUGUGAGCUGCACGGCGGAGAAGCCGACAGCCGAGCACCUAGCAGCGGGGAUAUCUGACGCUCUGCUGUGACCACCUGCAACCUCAGAUCUGUCCUGUUUCAGUGUUUCCUGCAUUAUUCAUAAAUGUCAUGUUGUGUUGCUAUUUUAUGCACUGAAAAAUGUUGACUCUGAGAGGUCAAGAAGUCCAGUUUAAGUAUAUUUAUGUGAAAAAGGCUUUUUAAAAUUAAACAUUUGGUUGUUUUCUCAAA